AUGCAUAGGACUCAUACCCAUAGUAGUGCCAGCAGCAGCAGCAGCAUCAAUGGCACUGAGCCAAGCGACACAUCCACUACAACAUCCCCUCGUCGUUCAAACUCUUUAGACUUCCCUGCUCAUUCAACGGGUAAACGCUCUAUUGUCAACACUCUCAUUCACCCAUCAGCAAAAAGUGAUCCUGCAUCAGGCACUCCUUUCCUCCCUUCCACCAUUCCUCCACCCGAAAUCAACGACCCAGCCCUCUUCAGACCGGACUAUGGGAGAGCUACAGUCAACGUGGUAUGGCGCUAUUGCACUAUCCGUGGAUGGUUGACCAAGCAUACACCACCCACAUAUUCAUUUUCCAAGACACGCAAAAUGCGAUACAUUGUAUUGGCCGAUCGCAUGAUUUACGCCUUCAAAACAGAAUCACCAACACCCUUUUAUCGCGAGUUUUUGGAGUUGUCAGCUGAUACCAACGUAUUUGUGACGGAUCGUUUUCCUGGAGUGUUAUACUGCAUCGCCGUUAACAAGCGAAGCAAGACUUGGUAUUUGCAAUGCGAGGAUGCGCAUACAAUGAAAUUAUGGCUCGAUCGUCUUAAGCGUACAUUGGGAUGGUUACGUGCCAACCGAGACUCAUCAGGGAUCGUCACCUUACAACGCCUAUCAGAAGUCCCAACAGAGCAUGAUCAGCUUAUCAACAACGUUACUAGCUCCUCAUCUGAGAGCGUCACAUCAUCCUUAUCAUCACCUACAUUUUCACCCACUCAAAAGAAUACCCUGAGAAUGUCAGGCUCCGUGGAUGGGGAGGAGGAGGAAAAUAGCGAUUACUCAACACAAUGGAAUCAUCAUCAUGCACCGACAACAUCGCCACAAGAAGAUUUGUAUUAUGCAAAUGAGUAUGAUGGAUGGGAACCUCCUCGACAAACAUCUUCACUUCCACCUCCACCUCCACCCCCUCAUCGUUAUCAUCCACGCUCACACCGCACUCUUUCUUCACCUCAUCCUUCCAUUCUACCACCACCACAACGUCCACCACCUACAACAGCACCUCCACCUCCACCUCCUCUAUUGCAGCAAUAA